CGCUUUCGGGCAUCGCUCCUCUCGCUGGUCCCUGGCAGCAGCAAGUGGCUCUCACGAUGGCGAAGGUCACACUCUCAGUGGUUAUCGCUCUAAUCAGCUGCGUAGUGGCAGAGCCGCCAGUGGGAAGGCAGUAUCUACCUCCUGCUCAACGAAAUGGUGGACUACCAUUUGGAUCUCUUCUCUCCGGCAGAAACGGCGCGCUCUCAGAGAGAUACAGGGCACCCUCUCCCCUCGGCAGGUCAUCUGCUGCUGUGUUUGGUCGUGGUUACAACUCUCCUCUCUCGUACAACAGUCGCCUGAACAUCCCCAGCUCCAUCUCCACGCAGUACGGUGUCCCCAGCGGGGUUCCUGCUGCCGCGUCUGCCUUCAACGCCUUCAACGCUCCUAUUUCUGCAAGCCCUGUGGCUGGCCCCGCCUUCCUGUCCGCACAGUACGGUGCUCCCGCCGCCUCCAGCAGGUUUGGUGGACUGAACGGUCUCUCCACCCAGUACGGCGCGCCCGCCGCCUCCAGCAGGUUUGGUGGAGUGAACGGUCUCUCCACCCAGUACGGCGCGCCCGCCGCCUCCAGCAGGUUUGGUGGAGUGAACGGUCUCUCCGCCCAAUACGGCGCCCCCGCCGCCGGAAGGUCUGGCCUCGCCAACACGUACGGCGCCCCCGCCGACUUCUCCCGCAACUCCGGACUGCCGGCCGCCCAGUACGGCGCUCCUCUCGCCGGCUACAGCGCCCAGGAGGACCCUCUAGCCGAGCCCGCCAACUACCAGUUCUCGUACGCCGUGCAGGACGAGGAGUCGGGUAGCGAGUUCGGGCAAGAGGAGACUCGGCAGCUGGAGACCGCCCAGGGCUCGUACCGCGUGCUGCUGCCGGACGGGCGGCUGCAGGUGGUGGAGUAUCAGGCGGACGAGGAGGGCUACAAGCCCGAGGUGCGGUACGAGGAGACGGCUGUGUCGCGGGGCGCCGGCGGGCCGUACCCCGCCUCCAGGGCGCUGCAGGGACCGUACUGACACGUGAAGCACCAGUACCUGGUCCAUGACGGUCUUUAUAUUAAAGCGGAAACGAUUAUUUUCUUGUGAUUUGUAUAUAUGCAGUUAUAUUCUCCAACUGCACUUAAUUUAUGUAUUAUUUAUGUGAAAAUAAAUGCAGAUAUUUUAUAAAAGAA